AUGGAGGAUCAUCAAUCAAAGAAAAACAAGAUCAGAAGUGAUGAUGAUCACAUCAGCCAGCUUCCCAAUAGUAUUCUAGGCACCAUCUUGUCGCUGCUCACAAUAAGAGAGGCAGUAAGUACCAGUGUACUCUCAACUAGAUGGAGGUACCUAUGGACUACAUCUCUAUCAAAUUUCAACUUUGAUGUGAAAAACAUACUUGAUGGUAAUGUUUACUCUGAUUAUGAUAAUAAAAAUGCUUGCGUGGAUUCAUUUCACAAUAUAUCCUUUUUAAGGAAAAGAAGUGAAGUCUUUUUAAACUCUGUUAAACAAUUCUUGCAACAUCUCAACGCUGACCAUAUAAAAAACCUUAAGGUUUGCUUCAAAUUACGUGCUUGGCAUGGUAGUCUUCUUCUUCAAUGGAUCAGCUAUGCAGUGGCAAGAAGGGUUGAGGAAAUUGAUCUUUGUUUGUCAGAAAAUAAUUGUCUUAAUGUCCUAGAAGAUGAUGAAAAGCUAGACGAAUCUAACUUUUAUCGUUUUUCCGACUAUAGGACUACUACAGAUGGUCAUAAGUUUUUUUAUUUUCCAUGUGAUCUGCUUCAAGGUGAUGGGAGUGUCAGGAGCCUGCGAUUGGAGUAUUGCAAUCUGGCUCCACAGCGCUCCAAUCAUCUUGGUUUCAGUACCUUGACAACCUUGGAUCUUAAGUGGGUGGAUUUGAAAUCAGAUGAAUAUUUUCAGAAUUUGUUAUCAAAUUGCCAUCUUCUAGAAUGCUUGAAUUUACAUAAAUGCUAUCACAUAUAUUACUUGAAGUUAAAGCAUCCUUCCUGUCGACAGCUUAAGUGCUUAAAGGUGUAUAGUCGAGAUGAACUGACAGAGAUGCAGAUCAAUGGUAUUGGUCCUGAGACAUUGGAAUACAAAGGACAUAACAUAAAAUUCUCAUUUUGUAGAGUUUCAAAUCUAAAAACUGCAUUUAUCCGCUUUACCAAUAUGACAAUUGGCGACAAUGUUCUUCGUCCUAUCAAUAAGUACAGGUUUCCUAUUGAUCUCCCACAGCUUGAGACAUUGUGGUUAACGUACUGGUUCAACUGGAAGCUUGCUUAUUUCAUUUUUUUUCUGGUACGUGUUUUCAUUUCUGAUUUGAUUUUGCUGCUUGAGUUGAUUCCGGAGAGUUUAUCAACACAUUACAACCCUAAACAUUUAUUGAUCUUGGAAGUUUUCCUACUCCAACUUGACCUUUUGUGGGUAGCAGAUGUUCUAAAAGUUUUUCCAUUGAUACAAAAAUUGGAAUUACAUGUGAGUUUCACGAUAAACUUGCCUUUAUUACUAGCCUCUAUUGGAAAAAUCACAUCCUUGACUAUUUUAUUUUGGAAUGCAUGGCAGCUACGGAACUGCGAUUAUAUUGAUAGAGAAGGAGAAAUAAACCGGCCUUCUAGCUGUCCUCAUUCUCAUCUUAAGGAAGUUCUUAUUACAGGUGCAUAUGGUAACAUGACUGAGAUUGAGAUUGCCGUGUAUUUACUUAACAAUGCGAUAGUUCUUCAGAAGAUGGUGAUUGACCCACGUAUCAGAUAUUAUAAUCGUUCUGGAACUUGUGAAACUAGAGAAGCUUGUGCUAGAUGGGCUGCAAUGGGACGGUAGAGGGUCUUUGAACAUCUGAUAGGUGAAGUUAGUGCCCCUGUAGAACUGCUGAUUCUGUGAAUACCAAUAGGAAGAAUCUGAGCUCAUAAUUCUUGUUAAUUACUCAAUUCUUAAUUUGAAACGAUGAACAUGUAAAAUGCAAGUUACUAUAAUGUGCCAGUUAAUAAAAAGUGUCACAGACAUGGCUUUUUCAGCCAUUGACAUUUCCUCUUGUAUGUUCCAAAAACAGUUUGGAAUUGUAGCAAUUUGGCUGUACGGGGACCAUUAGAGAUGAGAAUAAAUCAUACAUCAAAAGUAAUUGAAAUAGAAUCUAGCAAGAAUUGUGGUCAUAAGUUCUUGCAUACCUUCUGUCGCCUUACGCCAUACCUCUCUUUUGUCUAUUCAAUAAAAGGAAAAACACACCUUUGCACGUCAAUUAGAAAGUUCAUAUCCAAGCAUUACACAGCACAUGGACUUUUCUAUUAAAACAUUAAAACUUACUACUAUCUUGCUUCAUCAGUUAAAUUGAACCAGGGCAAGAUCCAUAAAAA